AUGCGAGCCUCCCUGCAGUUCGCAGUCACCGGCCAUGUCAAGCUUCGUAGGGUAAAUUUGGGAAUUGAAGCAGCUGCCAGGCGACCAGUAUGUGUUCCCGGUCGCAGACAGCUGAAGGUGAAUGGUGAUAGUGCGGUAAGCGUGAUAUUGUCCUCUAGCUUGGGUGCCGUAGCUAUUCAGCAACCUCACAAUCUAGGCCACAUUAGGCGCUGCGUGCUCAACGAGAAGAAAAGGCUGGAGAGCAUUAGAUAUGGUGGAUUGAAUGCGGAGAUCGACAACUCACACAGAGGUUCACGGUUCGAGUCCGCGCGGCCGACCACGUGCCGCAGGCGACCCGCUAGCGAUUCAUUCUCGGGGCUUUGCCUCAAAGUGGAACAACCCGGACUGGGAUUGCCCCUCGUCAAUUUUCACCCUGGUCAGUCUGCCGCCGCCAGCACAUUCAUCGCCUUUGGAGAUGAGUUUGGCCUGAGUCAGAUACUGAAGAUAAAACCUCAAGAGGAGAGCUGCACGAGAUUUGAAACAUAUCUGGCCCCUCUCCUACAACGAACCCAAUUUUGCGGGGAGAUCGAAAAUUCUAUUUUGAACAUUAACGCAUGCAUCAGGCCAUUCUGUCCCAAUGUCCUGAUUCUCAUGAGGACAGAAGCUCUUCCUGGAUCAUUCUCCCGGUCGGCUGGUUCGCUCAACUCUGGUAGCGACCGGAAUUAUUGUUGCUGGGCGAUCAGGCGAUGGCUUUGUGGCUGGCCUUGCAAUCGCAGUACAAGAUCGUCCCAACAUCUUGAUUCCCCGAACUACCUACUCGCCCUAAGACAAAAUAAAGUUGGAGCCGGCCCUUUUGCACUGCACCUGGGAAAUGAAAUCUCACCCAUCUCCCUGGCCAGACCACACGGUGGCAGGCCAGUCUAUGCUGGACUGGGAUUAGAAACAGUCGGGAGGUCGGUUCCAGCCUCCGAGGCUGCAGGGGCUCCGGCCAUCGCCGCUGCUCAGCUCGAUCAGCCAGAUAGAUGCCUUGGCGAUGUCCUCUCGAGAUUAACUGCAAUUCUGAUCGGAAGUGUCGCGAUCGAUCUGGGCCAGAUGCAAUUGAGAGGUUUCCCAACCACCGCCUUGCGAUUGAGAAUCGAAACACAUUGUCAAUGUCAACCCCGUCAACAGAAUAACCUCGUGUCGCGGCAGUUUCUGAUACACCCUCGGGAUAUUCUUAGCGGAUCUGCCAUUCACCUGGAGCCGGAGCUCUUGCUGAUCAGCUCGACGCCCGUCGACUGCCCCACAGGAACCAAUAUCGCCAUCGCGGUUCCUGAAUCUUGGAACUUACCCACGCCACUCCAGCCCCGUGCUCACCCAGAGAACACUAGUCCGGUAGUUUCGAUCCUGCGACGAACCGUGGAGUGUUGCCCCCUCUCGAGUCAGUUCACCAUGGCCGAUCCCCCUCGCCAAUCUGCUUCCUGGGCCGGGAGAACCAUGGCCAGCUCGUAUUCUGCCGGGACAGACUGAUAGCCGAAGCGCGAGACUGGGUCCUUCUCGAAGCCCAAAACACCGCGCAUCCCUGCCACUCCUCCCCGUGAGAGCCAUUUAAGUACACUGGCACCGUCCGCAUCGCCCGCCCGUCAGCAGUCGCGGUUUCUCCUGUGUAUCAGAUCCAGUCACUGCUUUUCGACUACCGCCAUUGGGCAGGACCCGACUCUCGGUAGUACUGCCACCACACUCACCCAUUGACUCGAUUCGCGACUCUCCUUGAACCUACACC